UGCAUAGGAACCUUAGUGUAAGUUACUGUUUCCGGUAGGGACGUUCUCGCCGGCGCGCUUCCGGCGUUGCUGUGUCCAUGUGAGAGUGCUGUGCGUUCCGUACAGCUACGGCUUCGGGGAGAUGGCAGCGGCGGAGGAGAGGCGGCCCGGCCUGUGGCCAUGUGCGGAGUGCCUGGAGGCAGUGAUCGCCCACCCGGAGCAGCUGCUGAGUGUCCAAGAAGGAUUGGCUUCAGAUUUUUCCAAUUUAACAAAGGCUCUAUAUGACCUACAUAAAUCUGAACUUGCUCUUGAGGUGGGGAGCCCUCUGAAUGAGCUGGUUAUUGAAAACUUUGAUGAAGAACAGAUCUGGCAACAGAUUGAACUUCAGAACAGUUUAGUUCUUGGCUACUUUAAAAAAGCAGUCUCUCAGAGUGUAAAGGACAAAGACAUUUAUAUAUUGCAGCUGUCUGAGGAAGAUGAGGAGGAGGCAUCUGAGAGUGACCAAGAAAUAAAUGAUAAAGCACAAGAAGGUUCUAAGACAAAUUCAGAAGCUCAAGAAAGUAAAGGAAGGAAUCGUAAAUCUGUCUCUAAAAAUGUCUCUCAUACAGCAAUUGAAAGGUUCAGUGACGGUGAUUCAGAUAUGGACUUUGAUAUUGACAAAUUAGAGCAACAGCACAAGAAAAAAUCCAUUAUAAAACCUGCAGAAAAGUCCAUAGUGGAUGACAAGUUCUUUAAGUUGUCAGAAAUGGAGGCCUUUUUGGAAGCAGCUGAGAAGGAAGAUGGGGGAACUAAUGAGGAUAAUGAAGAAGAGGAAGUGGAUUAUUUUGAACAUAUCGACUCCGAUGAUGAGGAAGAUUUUGAGUUCCAAAAGAAAAAACCAAAACAGGUGGUUAGAAGCUCCAGGGACCUUCAUUACAAUGAUUUCUUUGAUCCAGUUGAGGGUGAUGAGAACGGCCCAGGCAGACAGCCAAAUGAUGAGGAAGAGGAACACCUAGAAGAAAAUGAGGAGGACAUGGAGGAAGAGAUGGAUGAAGAAGAUGCCAUGAUUGAUGAUCUUGGAGAGGAGGGGGAGGAAGAGGAAGAAGAAACUGUAAUUCAAGAAACAGAAGAGAGUAAAAGAGCAAAGGAAGCUUUCAAGCGGGUGACGUUUGAUCUGUCAGAUGGCAGUGAGGGAGAAGAUGUAGAUGAUAUACUUGGCGGCAGAAAAAAACACAAAGUACCCCAGGACCCUGGAGAACUGAAGUCCUCUUUUGAGAAGAGGGAGGAAAAGAUGACAGAAAAGAUUCAGUCUUUACAAACACAAAUGCUGGGUGAGAAAUCAUGGCAGUUGAGUGGAGAAGUGACCGCACAGAAGAGGCCAGAGAACAGCCUACUGUCAGAGUCUUUGCUUUUUGACCAUGCCUCCAGGAUGGCACCUGUAAUCACAGAGGAAACCACGCUUCAACUAGAAGACAUUAUCAAACAAAGGAUAAAAGACCAGCUGUGGGAUGAUGUGACUCGCAAGGAGAAACCUAAGGAAGAUGCCUUUGAGUACAAGAAGAGACUCACCCUGGACCACGAUAAGAGCAAACUCAGUCUUGCAGAGAUUUAUGAACAGGAGUAUUUGAAGCUCAAUCAGACAAAGACUGAAGAGGAGGAGAACCCAAAGCAUGUAGAAAUCCAGAAGUUAAUGGACAGUCUUUUCCUGAAGCUUGAUGCACUGUCAAACUUCCAUUUCACACCCAAACCGCCGGUUCCAGAAAUUAAGGUGGUUUCAAAUCUUCCUGCAAUCAGUAUGGAAGAAGUGGCAAUGGUGGGAGUGAGUGAAGCAGCACUACUUGCUCCAGAAGAAAUCAAGGAAAAGAACAAAGCUGGAGACAUAAAGACAAAUGCUGAAAAGACAGCCACAGACAAGAAACGCGAGAGAAGAAAGAAAAAAGUUGUAAAGAGGAUUAAAAUAAAAGAAAGAGAGCAGAGGCAAAAAUUGGCUGAGAAGAUGAGAGCAGAGAGGGGAGCGAAACCCACAAAAGUAUCUACAGUAGCCAGUCUGAAAAAGCUCACCAAAGGAGGAAAGGCCACUGUGCUGAAGGAUGAAGGAAAGGAUAAAGCUUUAAAGUCCUCUCAAGCGUUCUUCUCUCAGCUGCAGGAUCAGGUCAAAUUGCAGAUCAAAGGUGCCAAAUCUGCACACAAGAAAACAAAGACUGGCAAUGAACUUUCUGCACAUAAGCUCAAACUCUAGUGAACUUCUGCUUGUUUCCAAUUUAGCUAUCUUGUUCUAUUUAUGUCCAGUAAGAAGCUACAGCAUAUGUACCAGUCACUGUGAGCAAAAUAUAUAUCUACAGUUUUUGUAAAAUUAAAAUUAAUUUGGUUGUAGAAA